GCCGCCGCCUCCUCAGUCUGCUGGUCACCGCCGCCGCCGCCGCCCCCUCCGUCGCCUCUCGGGGAAGGGGAAGACGCAAGGGGCACGGAGGGGCCCCGGCGAAUGCGCCCCCCACUGCCUCUCGGGCUGCGCCGCCUCGCGGGGAUGAAGAACGGGCCGUGAAGAUGGAGGUGACCUGCCUUCUACUUCUGGCGCUGAUCCCCUUCCACUGCCGGGGACAAGGAGUCUACGCUCCAGCCCAGGCUCAGAUCGUGCACGCGGGCCAGGCAUGUGUGGUGAAAGAGGACAACAUCAGUGAGCGCGUCUACACCAUCCGGGAGGGGGACACCCUGGUGCUGCAGUGCCUCGUCACUGGGCACCCUCGGCCCCAGGUGCGUUGGACUAAGACAGCUGGGAGCGCUUCGGACAAGUUCCAGGAGACGUCGGUGUUCAAUGAGACGCUUCGCAUCGAGCGCAUUGCACGCACGCAGGGUGGCCGCUACUACUGCAAGGCUGAGAACGGCGUGGGCGUACCCGCCAUCAAGUCCAUCCGGGUGGACGUGCAGUACCUGGACGAGCCAGUAUUGACGGUGCACCAGACGGUGAGCGACGUCCGAGGCAACUUCUACCAGGAGAAGACGGUGUUCCUGCGCUGUACGGUCAACUCCAACCCUCCUGCCCGCUUCAUCUGGAAGCGGGGCUCCGACACCUUGUCUCACAGCCAGGACAAUGGGGUUGACAUCUAUGAGCCCCUCUACACCCAGGGGGAGACCAAGGUCCUGAAGCUGAAGAAUCUGCGGCCCCAGGACUAUGCCAGCUACACCUGCCAGGUGUCUGUACGAAACGUGUGCGGCAUCCCGGACAAGGCUGUCACCUUCCAGCUCACCAACACCACGGCACCUCCAGCCCUGAAGCUGUCUGUGAAUGAAACUCUGGUGGUGAACCCUGGGGAGAAUGUGACGGUCCAGUGUCUGCUGACCGGUGGUGAUCCCCUCCCCCAACUGCAGUGGUCCCAUGGGCCAGGCCCGCUGCCCCUGGGUGCCCUGGCCCAGGGUGGCACCCUCAGCAUCCCUUCAGUGCAGGCCCGAGACUCUGGCUACUACAACUGCACAGCUACCAACAAUGUGGGCAACCCUGCCAAGAAGACUGUCAACCUCCUGGUGCGAUCCAUGAAGAACGCCACAUUCCAGAUCACCCCAGAUGUGAUCAAAGAGAGUGAGAACAUACAGCUGGGCCAGGAUCUGAAGCUGUCAUGCCACGUGGAUGCCGUGCCCCAGGAGAAGGUGACCUACCAGUGGUUCAAGAACGGCAAGCCAGCACGCAUGUCCAAGAGGCUGCUGGUGACUCGCAAUGACCCCGAGUUGCCUGCCGUCACCAGCAGCCUAGAGCUCAUUGACCUGCACUUCAGUGACUACGGAACCUACCUCUGCGUGGCUUCCUUCCCGGGGGCACCUGUGCCCGACCUGAGUGUCGAGGUCAACAUCUCCUCUGAGACAGUGCCACCCACCAUCAGCGUGCCCAAGGGCAGGGCCGUGGUGACUGUGCGCGAGGGCUCACCAGCUGAGCUGCAGUGCGAAGUGCGAGGCAAGCCGCGGCCGCCUGUGCUGUGGUCCCGCGUGGACAAGGAGGCCGCGUUGCUGCCGUCGGGGCUGCCCCUGGAGGAGACCUCGGAUGGGAAGCUGCGGCUGGAGCGCGUGAGCCGCGACAUGAGUGGGACCUACCGCUGCCAGACCGCUCGCUAUAAUGGCUUCAACGUGCGCCCGCGCGAGGCCCAGGUGCAGCUGAACGUCCAGUUCCCGCCGGAGGUGGAGCCCGGCUCCCAGGACGUGCGCCAGGCGCUGGGCCGGCCGGUGCUCCUGCGCUGCUCGCUGCUUCGAGGCAGCCCCCAGCGCAUCGCCUCGGCUGUGUGGCGCUUCAAGGGGCAGCUGCUGCCUCCGCCGCCUGCCGUCCCCGUCGCCGCCGAGGCCCCCGACCACUCCGAGCUACGCCUCGACGCCGUCACCCGCGAGAGCAGUGGCAGCUACGAGUGCAGCGUCUCCAACGACGUGGGCUCGGCCGCCUGCCUGUUCCAGGUCUCGGCCAAAGCCUACAGCCCGGAGUUUUACUUCGACACCCCCAACCCCACCCGCAGCCACAAGCUGUCCAAGAACUACUCCUACGUGCUUCAGUGGACCCAGAGGGAGCCUGACGCUGUCGACCCCGUGCUCAACUACAGACUCAGUGUCCGCCAGUUGAAUCAGCACAACGCCCUGGUGAAGGCCAUCCCGGUGCGGCGUGUGGAGAAGGGGCAGCUGCUGGAGUACAUCCUGACCGACCUCCGAGUGCCCCACAGCUACGAGGUCCGCCUCACGCCCUACACCACUUUUGGGGCUGGAGAUAUGGCCUCCCGCAUCAUCCACUACACGGAGCCCAUCAGCUCUCCCAGUUUGUCAGACAACACCUGCCACUUUGAGGAUGAGAAGAUCUGUGGCUACACCCAGGACCUGACAGACAAUUUUGACUGGACCCGGCAGAAUGCCCUCACCCAGAACCCCAAGCGCUCCCCCAACACUGGUCCCCCCACUGACAUAAGUGGCACCCCUGAGGGCUACUACAUGUUCAUUGAGACGUCAAGGCCCCGGGAGCUGGGGGACCGUGCGAGGUUGGUGAGUCCCCUGUACAACGCCAGUGCCAAGUUCUACUGCGUCUCCUUCUUCUAUCACAUGUAUGGAAAGCACAUCGGCUCCCUCAACCUCCUGGUGCGGUCCCGGAACAAAGGGGCCCUGGACACGCACGCUUGGUCCCUCAGCGGCAAUAAGGGCAACGUGUGGCAGCAGGCACAUGUGCCCAUCAACCCGAGCGGGCCCUUCCAGAUUAUUUUUGAGGGUGUCCGAGGCUCGGGCUACCUGGGGGAUAUCGCCAUAGAUGACGUCACCCUGAAGAAGGGGGAGUGUCCCAGGAAGCAGAUGGAUCCCAAUAAAGUGGUGGUGAUGCUGGGCAGUGCAGCCCCCCGCCAGCCCCUCCCGCAGCUCUGGGGGCCUGUGGCCGCCUUCCUCCUGGCGUUGCAGAGAUGAUGAGAGCUGCGUGGCGCCCCCACCCCGCCCCCCCCCCCCGGCACACCAAAGUGUCCGCAUCGUACCAAAGACUGACCCCACGCCAGCCGGGGUGCCCAGGGGCAGGGCCGCCCGCCAGGGAGGGGGCCGGCGCCGGCCGCGAGGAGCAGAGAACAAGGACAAAGGCCCAGCACUGAGACCCCGGAGACGGUUGUUCGACACACGCACACACCCACACUCACACACACACACAGAUCUAUUAAAGCACAAGUUUCUAUCCAACCUGCCAGCACCUUCUUUACUGCAGAGACAGGGGACUCGCCUGAAUGGCAUCCGCCACCCCAGGGACCUUGGCACCACGUGGUCCUUGUCGGGGCUGCAGGCGCGGCGUGUUUCUGCCCUUCCCCUGGCCCCAACUCAAGGCUCAGCUCAGCCCAGUGGCUUCCUUCCCCAGCAGGAGCCAGAAGGGAAGCGGGCAUGGGAGCUCUGCCCUGGGCGGGACUCUGGGACUCCUUGGGACGGAGGAGCCUGGGAUCGAGGGGCCACGAGGAACUCUGUGAGCUGUGUGGAAGGCACUAGCUGCAUGGAACUCAGUUCCCAGAGUGAAGGCCAGACGCCGGAGAGCCCAGGUCACCCCCAGCGCCUGGCCCACUCACUCCUGGGGUGUCCUAUCUGUGCCCCCCUCCCCUGCCACCACCACUGUGCCCCCUUUAAAGGGAGCCAGUGCAGGGUCUUGGGCCUGGGCAGUCUGAAGGCCGACCCCUCCCCACCAUCCCCUCCCACUGCACCCCCCACAAGCAGCUGGCUUCCCGAGAGCACAGCCCCCACCCUGGUCACGGGCCUAACCUCAGCCCCCUGCCCCUGUCCCCGCUGCUUCCCCAGGAGUCAGGGGAGGGGUGGUGGCCAAGCCAUUUUCUGGGGUGAGGUUUGACUUUGAGAGGAGCAGAGGAGAAGUCCUGCCUUUAUGAUUUCAUGCCCACAUGUCGGGCGCUGAUUUUAGGGGUAGAGUGAAUCUUCUGUUUCUUAUAUCUCUGCCAUGAAGGGGUGCUCUGGGCGGGGUGUGGGGGGGCUGCCCUGUUCUCCUCCACCACAAAGCAGGGUCUGCUUGUCUCUUCCUUCUCCACCCAGGGUCAGUGAAGGAGAGGGAUUUGUCGAUGGCCUGAGGGGACAGUUGCUGGUCACCAUAUUCCCUGGGAGCUGAGGCUCAUGCCCCCAAGCUGAAAAGAGGCUCCAUGCCCUUGGUCUUGAGUUGGGGGGCUGAGAUGGGCAAUGAGGGGACCUAGACCUCCCCCUCACCGUCACCCCUGAGAAUCCCCUCCCAGCUGUCCAUGGGACAGAAGAGGCCCAGCCCUUUCCAGGGUGGAUUGUUAUGCAUGUGUGCAUGUGGCCAUGUGUGUGUGUGUGUGUGCACGUGUGAGCACGUGUGGGCAUCUGUUGUCUGUGCACCAUUGUGGUGGGUACAUCUCUGGCAGGAAUGUGUGCAAAUAUACAUCUACGUGUGCAAUUAUCUGUACGUCAGGCUGGGUCUCACCCCCCUCUGUGAGUGCCUGUGGAUGUCAGCACGUCCGUCUUUAUGAAUGAAUGAUGUGGAGCGUUGGCCAAGAAUGCCACUUCAGCCCUAUUGCAUAGUCUCGAGCACCCUGCUGCCACCUGAAAUUCUACCUUUUAUCCCCGAUGGGAGACGAAGCUUACAGAUGACCCUAUGGAAAUGAAGGCCGCUUUGGUGGAGGUUUCACAGGGCUCCUCCUGGAGCAUUUGUUGGGAACAGCUGCAGACGAGAGGCAGGCACUGCGAUGGCAGGAGGUAGGCAGGAAACCAAAGCAAACGUGCCCAUCUCUGCUUUGCCAGGCCUGAGUUAUCAUCAUCACCAACAGCAGGUGGGUGGCCAGGCCAGGGCUGGAGCGGGGCCUCCUGAUACCCAACCAGCACGGCCGCCUUCCCGGCCCCGCCAAGGCCUGUCCUAGAUGAGUGUCUCCGGUUCCCAGAGCUUGCUUUCAUCGCGUCUGUGGGUGUUGUUCCUUAAUUGUCCCAUCUGUGGAGGGUCUGCUGCCCCAACUAGACUGUGAGCUCCUCUGAGCCUUCCAACCCUCCCCCGACCCAUCCCCACCUCAUACCCAGCACAAGUGGGCCUGUUACAGAAAUCUCUCCGUCGGCUUUGCCCAGCGGGAUGGAUUAUAGAAAUCAGUGGUUCCAGGCCUGGCUGCAGAAGAGAGUCAUCAGAGGGUCUUUUAGGAAUUGCCAACGCUCAGGGCCCCCUCCAGAGAUGCCAGUUUAACUGGACUGGAGUGCAGCCUGGCAUCAGGAAUGUUUAAAAGCUCCUCAGGAGAACCUGAGAGUGGGAACCACUGACCUGUCACCUGCCAGGUGCCUCCUCCGUGCCCUGGCUGGGUGGGUGCUGAACAUUCAGAGCACCUCCUCCCUGGGGUUCCAUCGUGCCGUGUGUUUACUGCCCUCGGAUGGCCUUUGAAUACAUCUGUUCCCGGCUCUGACUGCUCUGUGAUGGGGAGCCGGUCUCCCUCGCUCACCUCCACGUCUGUAGAGCUGAAUACAGAAAAGGGACUUGGCAUAUGUCAGCUGAGCUGAACCUCCCACUCAUGGCCCCCGAGUUCUGGUCUGUUUGGAGAGAGGGGACAGUUGGGUCACACGGACAGAGUGCAGGGUGGGGCAGAAACGGGGAACCGCCAGAGGGAGGUGGAGGUGGCCCGUGGGAGCCCUGAUUGGAGGCUGGUCUGACCGGGGCUCAAAGAGCACCUGAUGGGGCCGGUGAGGUCCUUGGUCGCCGCGUGUGUCUGCGUCUCCCAGCAGAUCUGUAGGGGAUGCGGGUGUUCGUGUGUGCUGACGUGAGCAGUGUGUGAUGUGUGCGCCUAGGGGAGUGCUGGCCUCUGUGCAUGGGCGUGUGUGCGUGUGUAUGAGGGGUCUGCAAGGAGUGAGUGUCAGCGCGUGUCCCUGGGGAACUGUGAGUCAGCACCUCUGCAUCAGUGUCACCUCUGUCCCGUGCGUCGUUGUGUGCCAGUGAGUGUCAGCAUCCGUGUGUUGGUAGGUGGCCCACGAGGACCCCCGGCCCGGGGGGGAGACCAGACUGGCUGGAUCCAGUGCAUCUCCCCAGUGGCAGUCUCGCCCUCUGGGUCAGGGUGGCUGAGGCGUUUUGUGGCCUUAAAAUGGGGAGUCCAGGGUCAGUCCUCAGGGUUUUGGGGUCCUUCAGCCCUGUCCCCUCCAGGUUGGUGUCUGGGGGACAGAGGGACUCCUGGGGCCAGGUGCGGUCUGGGUGGGAGAGAGGGAGUCUCAGCUUGGCUGUCCUGCCCCUGGACGACAGACGGCCUCCUGGGGUGUGGAGCUAAGCCUGCUGACCGAGCCCCCUCCUCCUGGGACACGCCUUCCGCCUCUGCCCUCUCUGGGAUGCCCGACUCCUCUUUCUCAUUCCCUUUCCCUGUGCUCAGUGAAAGCCCCCGGCUCAGGCGUCAGUGCUGGGAAGGGCCGCCGGGGUCCAGACUCCUCACGGGGUGAAUGAGAGUGAAGCAGGGAAGAGGGGCGGAUCUUGGCCCAGCUCACACAGCCGGCUGAGAUGGAGCCAGCAUUGGAAGCCAGGCUCCACAGCCCUGGGGUGUCACAGCUGUGGCCGCUGCCCUGCCAGGCAGCCAGAAGGAGCUUGGUCAGACAGCCCUGUCUCCGGGGGCUGCGGCGGAUGUUAUGGCUGUUCCCGGGCCCUGCCCUGGGAGAGGGACUGCCUCCCUGCCCUCAUUCUGGCCUCACGUCCCAGGCCACAGCCUCUCCCGCCCCAGGUCAGGCCUGGGUGCCACACGGAGGCUGCCACCACCCCCUGCCCACACUGGCUACAACUGCUGCCCGCCCCCCGCCUCCCCCACCCAGGGCUUCCCCAUGAAAGGGGUUCUGUCUCCCUUCCCCUCUGUCUUCACAUGAACCCAGGCUGGGAAUGCAGGUCAGUGGGUCCUCGUCCUGUUGACUUUCCCCCUAAGGAUCAGGGGAGCCUGGGGGAGCAGGGAUAACCCUUGUGUUUUCUUCUCUGGACAGCUCAAAGGGGAGAGCGGCUAUUUCCAGGGCCUGUCUUCAGGAACGGGAUGGCUGUACCUGCCCUGGAGAGUCGCCACUUGCCGAGUUUCUGGGUGCAGGGAAGCCCCCGU